CCAAGAUCCAAUUAUACUGAAGGCCCUGGCGGAAGUUUGGUGCUUGCUUCUUUUACUCCUUUUCUCCCUCCUUCUUUUCUGUCCUUCUUUCCUCCCUCUCUCUCUUCCUCUUUCUCAUCUACCUUCUUCUCUUCUUUUCUUGUCUCCCUUCUUUUCCUCUGAACAUUAUAAUCCCAUCAACAGAGUCCAAUAGCCUGCUGCUGGUCAGUGAUUAUGUGAUUCAUCCAGAAACCUCAAUUUCUUUCUUCUGUGCCGCAGCCUCCAAAGACUGAACAGGACCAGGGAUGAUUGAGGUGGGCAGUUGAAAUAACCACUUCCCAAUCCCAGAGGCCUGAGCACCUUUCUUGCCAUGAAACCUUCUAUAUGAGAGAGCUCACUUUUGCAUCAUGGAUUUAUCUCCACAAUGGACAUAGACCUGUUCUCUCUGUCACCAAAGCUUCUCCAGUGGAAACACUCUGGCACGAACAGAAGAACAAGAAUCAGAGUGGUGAUGAAAGGAUCCCUAGGGAGAAGAUGAAGAACCACCUGGCCCUGUCCUGGCUACUUGUGAUCUUCUCUGAACUUCAGUUUCCUCAUUUUUGACCCAAGAAGCCAAGGCUUGAGGUCUCUUUUUUUUCUAAUGUACUCUGCCCUCGCUUCUGUAGUGACACAAAGUACACUCUACAUGGGGCACCUUCUUCAAGUAAGCUCUCUGUGAGGAUGGGUAGAAUUAUUUGCUUUGUUGUGGAAAAAACUUGACAAUGGCAUUACAGUGGCUUUAAAUGGUCAAUUCAGAUAUAUAAGAACCUGAUUUAGAAGUUGUAACUUAGAAAACAUCUCCAAAAACACAUAGUUCAGUCAAAAAGUUACAAAAGUCACCCUUAGAGGCAUGAGGAUUCUAUUUCUGUUCUUUCAGGGGUCUGGAGCAGACUGGGGAAAUUGCAGUACUAUGGACAAUGUAACAAAUAUAGAUUCUAAGUAGACCCCAAUCUUCCUGGCCUCUGCUCAUUAAGUUCUCUCCAUGUAAGAUUCCUAGUGAAGCUGAAUCAGAAAAUUAUUAAACAUUCAUAGACUUUGACCAGAGAAGUGAGUGAGAUGAUGUCAGAGACCAACAUUUCUGAGUGUGACAGCUUGAAGCCCUCAAGUGUACUACAGGGACAAUUCAGGGACAGGCAGAUCUAGCUGGGAGAGUCCACUUCCCUGGUCAUUUUGGGAACAAUGCAGCAUCCUCAAGUUUCCUCUUUUAUGAUUUUCACAUAGACACAAAUAAAGGGCUGCACAUAUUUCUUCCUUCAAGUGUGUUAACUCUACUGAACUGACUACAGGUUUUUCAUAGAUCAUGGUUGCUUAGAUUUCCAGGGGAUGUUUGUCCUGCUUUGACUGAUAUAUUCUGAUACACACACACACACACACACACAGAGGAUUGAACUCAAUAAUAUUUUUACCAUUGAGCUACAUCCCCAGCUCUAUUUAUUUAUUUAUCUUAAAUUUUUUUUUAUAAUUUUUAAUAUUUAUUUAUUUUUAAUAUUUAUUUAUUUUUUAUUUAUCGGCAGACAUAACAUCUUUGUUUGUAUGUGGUGCUGAGGAUCGAACCCGGGCCGCACGCAUGCCAGGCGAGCGCGCUACCACUUGAGCCACAUCCCCAGCCCCAUUUUUAUCUUAAAUUUUGAGACAGGGUCUUGCUAAGUUGUCCAGAAUGGUCUUGAACUUGAGAUUCUCCUGCUUCAGUCACCCAAGUCACUAUAAUUAUAGAUGUGCUCCACCACACCCAGCUGAUAUAUCCUAACUUUGAAGGUAACUUCAGUAGAUAGUGGAUUUUAUUUUUUGAAUGAUGAUCUAAGUUGGCAUCUCAAAGGGUCCUAUAAGUUCUAGGAAAAUUUCAUUGUAAUUGAUUUUCUCUAAUACACUGGGUCCAUGGUUCUACAGUGACCAAAGUGCAUUCUAUACACAAUGACCCCUUUAAGCAAUCCCUCUGUAAGGCUCGGUAGAAUUGUCUGCAUUGCUCUGGAGAAAGCAUUACUAACAACAUUACAGUGACUUUACUAGUCAACUCAGCUAUAAAAGGGCCUCAUCUCUAAACAUACUGAUCCCAAUAAACAUGUGUGCACUAUCCUCAGUUUUCCUGAGAGUGGGAGAGAGCGUUUAAAAUGGAAGAGGCAAACCAGUCCAUUGUGACCGAAUUUGUCUUGCUGGGGCUGUCAGAUCAGCCAAGACUGGAGAAAACAUUCUUUGUGCUCAUCCUGCUCACAUACCUGGUGAUCCUGCUGGGCAAUGGCAUCCUCAUCCUGGUGACCAUCCUUGACUCCCACCUGCACACACCCAUGUACUUCUUCCUGGGGAACCUGUCCUUCCUGGACAUCUGCUACACAACCUCUUCCAUUCCUCUGGUCUUAGAUGGUUUCCUCACUCCCAGGAAAACCAUUUCUUUCUCAGGCUGUGCUGUGCAGAUGUUUCUCUCCUUUGCCAUGGGGGCCACAGAGUGUGUGCUCCUGGGCAUGAUGGCUUUUGAUCGCUAUGUGGCCAUCUGCAACCCCCUUAGAUACUCUGUGAUCAUGAGUAAGGCUGCCUAUGUGCCCAUGGCCAUCAGCUCCUGGGUGGCUGGUGGAACCAACUCUUUGGUGCAGAUCUCUCUUGCAGUACAAUUGCCCUUCUGUGGGGACAGUGUCAUCAACCACUUCACCUGUGAGAUCUUGGCAGUCCUAAAGUUGGCCUGUGCCGACAUCUCCAUCAAUGUGAUCAGCAUGGGAGUAGCCAACGUGAUCUUCCUGGGGGUCCCAGUUCUGUUCAUCCUUGUCUCCUAUAUCUUUAUACUCACCACCAUCCUGAGGAUCCCCUCAGCUGAGGGGCGGCGAAAGGCCUUCUCUACCUGCUCUGCUCAUCUUACUGUGGUGGUAAUUUUCUAUGGGACUAUUCUUUUCAUGUAUGCAAAGCCCAAAUCAAAGGACCCCUUGGGAGCAGAUAAGCAAGAUAUUUCAGACAAACUCAUCUCCCUAUUUUAUGGAGUGUUGACCCCCAUGUUGAAUCCCAUCAUCUAUAGCCUCAGAAACAAGGAUGUGAAGAUUGCUGUAAAGAAACUGGUAAGUCAGGAAUGCUUCCCUCGGUGAAGAUGAGAGGUCCCCUGGGAAAUGAUCUCUACUAAGCAUAGACCUGUUCAAUGGUCCCACACAAUAUUUUCCAAACUGUGACUGAGGACUGAAUAUCAACUCUUUAGAAUGAAAAUGAUGAUUACACUUAGAAUCAAG